AUGUCAACUGCCCUGGCAGACUCUGGAGAGUACAUCGGCCAGUCUGGUCACAGUUAUAGGAUUGAACGGGUGCUUCAGGAAGAGAAAUUUCACCCACGGCGAGUUUGCCUUGCUACUGCUGGAGACCGAAAGUUCAUAUUGAAGUAUAUUCACACGGUUAAUUACGAGGACCUUCAAGAGAUAUAUAAUAGGCUACGCGGCGAUGCUAACCAUGUCCGUCUCGUCCAAGACACCAUCCCUGAGAAGUCAAUGUUCGUUUUUGAGUACUACACGGAUCAUCUCCUAAACCUUGCUCAGAAGGACUUGCCUCUCAAAGUGAAAAAGAAGAUCCUCAAGCAUGCUCUUUGUGGAAUUGCAGAACUCCAUGAUCAAGAUAUUGUCCAUACAGAUAUCAAGCCAGUCAAUGUUUUUAUCGACUGGAAAGGUGACCGGGAUGGAAUCGUUAUUGAUCGAGUCCAACUUGGGGAUCUUGAAGAUGCCGCGCAUAUCCCUCCCGGAUCACAUAUGAUUGGAAAACAGGUGGGGAACCGGAUGUGGAGGAGUCCUGAAGCCCAUGCCGAAGGACCUGUGAAUAAGCCAUCUGAUAUUUUCUCUUUUGCUCUUGUCGUAAGUUUGUCAUAA